AUGGCAGAAUACGAAGCUUGCAUUCUGGGAUUGGGAUUAGCCAUUGACAUGGAGAUCCAAGAACUAUUGGUACACGGAGACUUGAUACAUUCUCCUCCAUCUGAGUUACAUACAAUGACUGCUCCGUGGCCUUUUGUGGCUUGGGGAAUGGACGUAACUGGAAUAAUUGAACUGAAGGCCUCGAAUGGACAUAGGUUCAUCUUGGUAGUCAUUGAUUAUUUCACGAAGUGGGUGGAAGCAAUGACUUUUAAGUCAGUGACCAAGAAAGCAGUGGUUAAUUUUAUUCACUCUAACAUCAUUUGUCGAUUUGGCAUUCCGAAGAUAAUUGUCACUGAUAAUACUGCAAAUCUCAACAGUUAUUUAGUGCAAGAAGUGUGCCAACAAUUUAAGAUUAUGUAUCCAAAUUCUACUCCUCAUCGCCCAAAGGCAAAUGGAGCUGUAGAAGCUGCCAACAAGAACUUAAAGAAAAUACUUUGCAAGAUGGUGCAAGGUUCCCGACAAUGGCAUGAAAAGUUAUCUUUUGCUUUGUUGGGUUAUCGUACAAUGAUUCGGACUUCAAUUGGUGCAACUCUUUACUUGUUAAUGUAUGGAACUGAAGCAGUUAUACCUGCAGAUAUUGAGAUUCCAUCUCUUCGAGUAGUUGUGGAAGCUGAAAUUGAUGAAGACCAAUGGGUCAAGACUAGUUUGGAGCAAUUAAGCUUGAUUGAUGAAAAAAGAUUGACAUCAGUAUGUCAUGGACAACUAUACCAGAAGAGAAUGACACAAGCAUAUAAUAAAAAGGUGCAUCACAGACAUUUUGAAGUUGGUUAG